AGUGAGUGUUGGAAAGGAGUGUUUGUUUUCAUUCAUUCAUACAUUGAUUACAGCAUAAGUUGUGUCGAGUUUUGUGGCUUACGUUGCAAUCGCUGUCCGCAAACACCACUUCCAGUCCAUCCCAACCACCACUUCGUCUCUCCUAUUGUUUGGCUCAUCCAUUGUCUUCAUUGUCUCACAUCCGUUAGUAUUGAGUGACACGACAGGGAAGUGAUGGCAAACGUAGGUUCAGGUGGUUUCCCGACCUCUCACACGACGUCCACCACAACCAAAGUAACGCCAUUGAUAUGGUUUGACAAGUCUUACGUCCAGACAAUCCCCGGACUCCUGAAGGCGGUGGCCAUCGGCAUCGAUUUGAUAGCGUUUAUAAUCGGACAGUUCGGUGACUCCCACUCGGGAAGAGUCGGUUUCUUCAGUUUCACAUCAAUGAUGGCCUUCUGGUUAAGUCUUAUACUUCUGGCGCUGUAUUCCUUCCAUGUGGUCGAGAAACUGCAUUUCUGGCCCUGGCUUUUGGUCGAAUUUGCCUAUUGUCUCAUUUGGACCGCAUUUUACUUCUUGUCAUCACUUCUUAUGCUUAUCGACGGCGGCGUCCAUUCGGCUGCGGGAGUUUUUGGUUUCAUCGCGUUUGGGAUCUAUGGUUACGACGCCUUCCUUAAGUACAAGGGCUAUAGUGCCGGAGAGAUAGCACAGGGAGAGAGGACUACAGUCGGCGGACAGUCUAAUGCUUAGACACAACCAUUACCUCAUUACUGUCCACUACUUCCCAAUCACUCAUUUGUUCAAAUGUUGUCUAAAAUCUUUAAUUAUGUUUAUAUCUCUCAUUCAAUGCAUUCUCAAUGCGCGGAUAUUUUUAUAUUUAUAAUCAUGAAUUUGGGAAUCAUUUAAUUUGCAACUAAUUAAGCAAUUAUUUACUUUAAAAUACUGGCAAUUGUUUGCUAAUUAGGUUUAUUCGGUAACCGUUUUUUAAAUUUCUUAUAAUUGUUUAAAUUGUUUCUGUUUUAUAAAUUAAUAUAUUACUAAUUGGUAUAGUGUUUAUCAUCAAGCUUUUCAUAUAGUAAUUGUGAUGGACUGAUGGUUAUCUCAGAUUUGAAUCUGUAAUCUAAACAUGAUUUGUUCAUUUUUAUAACAAAUUUAUUUACAAUAUAAUGAAUAUCCGGUAUUAUUAAGUGCCUUAAAUAAUUUACAUGCAAUCCUUAAAUUUAAAUGACCAAAAUUAAAAUGGGUUACAAAUCCACAUACUUUUGCUACGAAUAUUUACGCAAUGUUUGUGUACUGUAUAAUUGACUCUAACUGUUGUUUUUGGAU